AUGAUUCCUCAAGCAUCUUAUGACAAGCUUGAGUUGACAUCCAAAGGUCUGGUCUCCGCCGCUGUUACCAAGGACCAUAAAGUGGGAUGGAAGCAUCCCAGAGGCCCCGAAGGCGAGACUCGUAGGCUGACAAGUGCGGUCAAGGGAUAUCAAAACCCUGCCAGGCCUCCCUCUCAAGAAAAGGAGCAAUUCAUCUCAGCAACAGAAGAUGACGACCCAUUCACGAGCCUUGAAAUGGAAGAGGGCUACUCUGAGCAGAGGUUCCAGCCUGGGACAUUGGUAGAGGUUCGCAGGAGUGGAAUUACCGCACUCGGAGUCGUUGUGACGGACAUGGGUGAAAACGGGAGAUGGGUGACCUUGACGCUGACCACCAACGGCGAGACGUGGCCACACAAAGCCGGCGAUGUCAUGUUCGCUGUGCCACACUUCGUCUCGACAGACCUUGUGCACAGGUGCGGGAAAGAAAUCGUGGCUCUGAAUGAUCACGAGGUGGCUGCUCGCGUCCGAGUACUCAAACACCUGCGUAACUUCGAGUUGGAAUAUGAGCGCAAACUCACGGAACUCUACUACAAAUUGCGGACCCUAUACGACCACUUCAAGGACCCCGACCGUGAUGCAUGGACAUACGUGACGUCUGCUCAGGCAGCGAGGAUCAUUGACCCUGAUUCUGAAACAAUACCUCUUAUGACAAAAUACACGGUCCACGGCUAUCUCUUCUCAAAAUACAAGCAUUUUGUCGCAGAUCAUUCUCAAUUCUUAGCGAAGGGCCUCUUCUGGGUCAGGCCACAGCGAGAAUUGGAAGAUAUAGAGACGGUCGAGCGGAUGGUUUUGCAGAAAGAUUCGCACGUAGACAAAUUCGCGGAGAAGGCCAAGAUUAUCGUUCAGCGCGCACGCUCGAGAGAACGCCAGGAAUGGCGGUCAUCCCUUUCAUAUGAGGUGGACGAACACCACCAUUUCAACCAUGAAGAUAUCACAAUCAUCCGCAUCCUGCAUGAUUCCUUGAUCCCACGGCGAGCGGUCCAGAAGGACCCGUAUUCUGUGUCAACCUCGACUAUUAUCAAGAAGACGGGCUUAUAUCCAGGCGUCGAUGUUGACGAUGGCGUUGUCCACCGUUUUUUGAUGGAACUUGGUGUCUGCCCUCCAUGGCAAGAUGCGGUGACCCGCCAGCCUACACUAUGGUGGUCCACGGAUCCGAAGGGUACCGUGCUGGAGGCAGUGGAAGAUCCCAUUAAACUCGCUUCUCCCUUGACACAACCUCUGGGGCCGGAGGACUACUACUCCCAUGAUAUCGUGGACUCACUGCGUCACGAUUUCGGUGACAUGCCGGUCUAUGUCAUCGAUGAUGCUACUGCUGAAGAAUUGGACGAUGGCAUUUCACUGGAGCGCAUACCAAGUGAGCCGGAAACCGCCUGGCUACAUGUCCAUAUUGCAGACCCAACCUCUGUCUUGCCACCCGGACAUGUGCACUCUCGCCGUGCUGCCGUGCUGAAGGAGACUCUCUACUUCGUGGAACGGACAAUACCGAUGUUGCCGCAUAACAAGGUUUUGGAAAAGCUCAGCUUGGGUCGAGCGGGUGGGGAACCUCAAUGUGUCAUGACGUUCAGUGCAAAGGUCGAUGUACAGGGGAACAUCCUCGACUACAAGGUUCGGCCCGGUAUCGUGAAGAAUGUACAGAUCAUGACAUAUGAUGCGGUGAACGACGCGAUGAAUGAGCCCAAUGUAUCCAAUCGGUACCCAUUCGGCGGAGAGGACAUCGAAACUGCAAAUCCUGCUGCACCUCUCGACAAGGCUGUUGUGGAUGACUUAUCAUUUGUGCAACGUCUCACGAAAGGUCUCGUUCACAAACGAUUGCAAAACGGACUGCUCCAGUUCUGCUUGCCAAGUGUUGACAUGUCAAUCACACCCAAGCCCAUCCCCGAUGUGCCGUCGGUGUUGAAGACGAUGCAACCAUACAAGUGGUUUGGAUUCCCACAAGUGAAAUAUGCCGUGUCGGAUUUUCGCUCGUACGAGACUGGAUCCCGGCAAAUAGUCUCCGAGUGCAUGAAGACAGCCUGUCGUGUCGCGUCUAUGUUCUUGAGAGAUCAUGACGUGCCUGCCAUUCAUCGUGUGGCUGCAGGUUUGACGAGCACUGUACCGGGCGGCAGAGAGCGGUUGCUCGCCAGUCGUGACCCCGAUGGCUUUGUCGACUACUUCCAAGCCAUGAACGAGGGAAUUAUGUACGCGGCCGGUACGUACGACAUCAAGCCGGGUGCUCAUGCAACCUUGGGCAUCCCCGAGGGCGAAGGUUAUGUCAGAGUAACGUCGCCUCUCCGGCGCUUCAGUGACAUGUUGACGCACUGGCAGAUCAAACACCUGCUGCUGUCGCCCGGUGGCAGGCGGGCGCGGAUGGUCUCGGACGAAUGGCUCCAGGACUUUGCGAGGGCCACGGGCUUUAAGGAGCACCAGGACAAGCGUGCGGGGGCCGUGCAGAAUGACUAUUACGCGCAUCAGUUCAUCGAGAGAUGGAUGUUCGAGCGGCAACAGGGCUGGCGGGAUGGGCCGGGCCCACUUGACUCGCUCGUCGGGAGGUUCACCGAGGUUCUUAUGAGGAACGCGCUGAAACAGGAGUUCCAGCAGCCGGUGGUAAUACCAGAGCUGGGACUGAAAGCUACGUUGACCGGCCUGGAUUCCGAUUUCUCUGGCGCUGUUGGAGAGUCGGUCGAUAUUAAAAUUGCGUCGAUCCGGCUUGGGAUGAAACCAUACAUGACUGUCGUGCGACGUUAA